UUCAAUACUUAUUACAAAUAGUAAUAUUAUUAGAAAAAAUUUGGCAAACAUUUUGUUGUGGUUGUUUUUUGCAAAAAAACUUAAAAACAAUAAUAAUCUUUAUUCAGUUAUGGAUCAUAAUUACCAGUUACGAAAUGGCUUCGAAAACAUAUUUUGCUUGUAUUGAAAUUAAUCGUAUGAAAAAAGAUGGUACGACAAUCGAUGAAAAUGCACCAAAAAUUUGUUUCAAAAGAGAUGGCCAACGUUUUGAUGAAGAAUUUACAUUAAAAUUACCUGUCGAAACAAAUUAUGAAUUUUUAAUACAAAUACGUCCACCAAUGCCUGUACGUUCAGUUACAAUACGUAUGAUUGAUGGCGAUGAAACCGGUGUAAAAAUUGUCGAUCAAAGUUCAUCCGAAGAUGGCGCCAUGUAUUCAUUUCAAUGGGAUACAAAUAAUUGUAUUCCGGAUAAAAAACGUAAACGUUCAAAGCUACAAAUCAAUAUUUUAUUUCAGGAUAAUAUGAAAUUAGAGAUACCAUUGCAGAUAAAAUUCUAUAAAGCUGAUGAUCAUAAUCAUUUACAAUGGGGACAACCAUUAAAACAUAUAAAUUUUGAAUGUGAACAAAAAUCUGGUAUGAAUUGUUCGACAAUAAUAAAAAAAUGUUAUCUUUGAUCGAUCAUCAUCAUCAUCAUCAUCAUUUGUUUUUAAUUUUUUUUCUCACCUGUGUUUUUGUAUGUAUCGGGCUUAGUCAAAUUCAAUCAAACAAAUCAAUCAAACACCAUUUAACUCUUUAAGUUUUUUUUUGACGAUUCUUAUUCGUUUGUUGCAAACAUAAACAUCGA